UAGAGGCACGUGUUAGAGCGAUUGAUAUUUAACAAUGGAUUGGAGGUGGAAAUUUGGGAGAGCUUGAACAUUGAAUUUGAACAGAGUUCAAUUUGUUGAAGUGUGUAUCAUGUGAUGAUGUAUGCAAAUCCGAUACCACUUUCUCUCACUUUUACGUUUUCAUCAUUCUCCCUUCGUUUGAUGCUUCAAUCCACUUCUCGACUUACCAGCUCUGCCAGAUACUGAAUAGUGCCAGAUAUGGGUUCAUUUUUUAGUGUGGUGAAUACCAAAUCUGAGCCAAGGGAGUGGAAUGGAGUCUCUCCAAAUGAAACGUGUAAGAGGCAAAGAAUGUCUCCUACUGUUGAUGAAGAGAUUCCGAGACUAAUUCCUAAUCUCCCUGACGAGUUAUCUCUUCAGAUUAUUGCUAGACUUCCUAGAAUUUGUUACUUCAAGCUAAGGCUGGUGUCAAGGAAGUGGAAGUCAACUAUCAUGAGUCCAGAACUAUAUGAAGUAAGAAAAGAGCUGGGGACAACGGAAGAGUGGCUAUAUCUGUUGAUUAAGGUUGGAGAAAAUAAACUUCUGUGGCAUGCUCUUGAUCCUUGUUCUAAGAUAUGGCAGAGGCUGCCUAAUAUGCCCAAUGCUGUUGAUGAAGAAGAAUCUAGAAAGGGUUCUUCUAGGCCUUGGAUUUGGAACAUGGUGGAAGGUAUCAGAAUUGCUGAAGUUAUUAGAGGCUUUCUUGGACAGAAGGAUGCAUUUGAUGAAAUGCCCUUUUGCGGUUCUGCAAUUGGAGCUGUUGAUGGAUGUCUCUAUGUUCUUGGUGGAUUCUCUAAGGCUUCAACUAUGAGAUGUGUCUGGCGAUUUGAUCCAAUGCAAAAUACGUGGAGCAGGGUGACUUCCAUGUCUACAGGUCGGGCAUAUUGUAAAACAGGCAUCUUAAAUAACAAACUUUAUGUUGUUGGAGGGGUUUGUCAAGGUCAAGCUGGACUGGUUCCUCUUCAGUCGGCGGAAGUUUUUGACCCCUCUACAGAUACAUGGUCACAAGUACCUAGUAUGCCAUUCUCUAAAGCUCAGGUCCUGCCCAAUGCUUUUUUGGCUGACAUGUUGAAGCCUAUUGCCACAGGGUUGACCUCAUAUAUGGGAAGGUUGUUUGUUCCACAGAGUUUGUAUUCAUGGCCCUUUUUCGUCGAUGUUGGGGGAGAAAUAUAUGAUCCUGAAACUAACUCAUGGAUUGAAAUGCCAGCUGGAAUGGGUGAGGGUUGGCCUGCAAAGCAGGCAGGUACGAAAUUGAGUGUUGUAGUGGAAGGUGAAUUAUAUGCUUUUGAUCCUUCUAAUUCUAUGGAUAGUGGAAGGAUAAAGGUAUAUGAUAAAGGUGAAGAUGCUUGGAAAGUAGUUAUUGGAAAAGUUCCCAUAUAUGAUUAUGCUGAUUCAGAGUCUCCAUAUCUGCUUGCUGGUUUCCAUGGAAAGCUACAUGUCAUUACAAAAGAUGCCAAUCAUGAUAUUGCUGUUCUGCGGGCUGACCUGCGCAAUAAUUUGGAUUCAUCACCAUCGUCCUCAACUCUCUCACAAAUUUCCUUGCAUGAAUUUCUGGAACCCGCUGCUGAAUCAGAUGCAGUUGUUUGGAAGGCAGUUGCCAGUAGGGGUUUUGGGCAGGCUGAACUAGUCAGUUGUCAAGUUAUUGAUAUCUAGCUAAAUGUGACACCCUGUGAAUGUAUCAGUUCGUUGCAUUCCACGAAUUAGCCUUAGCCUUACGGGAAUGGGGUUUAGUCCGUUUAUAUUUUGUGUCAGGAAAGUGUUGUUCGAAUGUUGUAAUAGCUAGAGCAUGUACCUAUUGAUCUUUUAAUACGAGGUAAAUAAGUCCCUUAGAAGCUGUCAAUUUCAUUAUUGAUAUGCCAGAAUAAUAUUAGAGCGAUUUAUCACUUUGUGUUUGGAUGAAUAGUUCCUGAAUUUCAGGAGGAAAUUGAAUAUACAGAGAAAUAUUACAUGAAUUCA